AUGGCCCAGUGGGUGUUCAUGGCAGGCAUCUUCUGGGAGAAGCAAACAAGCCUGAAGUACUAUGGUGUCGAUUUCUCAUUGUUGGUCUCCAGCAGCUGCGACCACACCAACAUCCACCACCCAACGUACCAGAGGCACAUGGCUCUGGUAGUCAACCACCUGCUCAAGGGACUGGAAGACGUCCUGGAGCUGCUUCUGCUGCUUGAGCUGGAGCAAGCUGAGGACCCGCAUCAUCACCUCCACUGGCUCCCCGAGUUCAUCAGCCAGCCGUCGCAUGCAAGGCUCUUGGCCGCCUUCAAGUGCAAGCUGGUGCCUCCGCAGCGUUUCCUCAGCCCUCGCACUGGAGAAAAGCGGAAAGACCUGGAGCACUGCGCAGCGAAGGACAACUUCUACCUCUUCACCAAGCGCGGCGACUUCCCCGAUCUGGCGACGUCGUGGCAGGCUCUGCGCGCUAGCCGUCCCGUAAGCCCAGGGACCGCGCUGGCCGAGGCCGAGCGCAAGCUGCGCGAAGAGGCGGUGUCGGUGUUGGAGAUUUCCGCCGAGCAAGCCGGACGCUUGGAGCUGCGAGACACCGAAGGGCACGUCCUGGACUGCAAGUGGAGCAAAGAAGACGGCAAGCUGCUCGUGGCGUCGUCUCGCCUGCCCAACGAGCUCGGGGGCAAAUGGAAGAUGCUCAAAGCCAUCCGUUGCCAGGUCAAGGCCAUGGAGAAGAGCCUUCGCGAGAACGAAUCUCCUGCGCGUUCGCUCCCCGCCGGCGCGGAGCCCGCGGAGAACACCGUUCUGACCCCCUCCUCCCUGACCUCGAGCUCGUCCAGCUCGUCCAGCUCAUCAUCGUCUUCGUCGUCUCCACUGUCAUCAUCGACUUCCUCCCUGCCAAGCUCUCUCAGCAACAUCCCGGCAGCGCUAGAUCACGAAGAUGCCGACAUCGAGGGCGACGACGUCGAAAGCGAGGACGACGUGAUCAAGCUUGAGGCGGAUAUGGCCAUCGAGCACCAGACCGCAGAUGAGAAUGAGGUCGAAGGAGAUGCCGAGACGGGUAUCGACACCACCCAGCAGCAGCAGCAGACCGCCCCCAAGAACGAGCCGACCGCGACCCCUCCGGCCACCUUCAGGGACCACGGGGCGUUGCCCGAGGGGAACGAUGGCGGAGACUGGACCGAGGCGCUCACCGACGGCCAAGCCCCCGCCCGGGACGAGCCGCGUGAUGCCCACUGCGCGACGCUAGCCGACCGUACCAUGCGCGUGAAGUACAGGCCUCUCGACGACGACGACCAAGUUGUGGACUGCACCGAGCGCGGAUACGAUCGUCUGCGCAAAGCCCCCAAGCCCCAGCUCGUCGAGAUCGUGGCCGGCAUCCGCGCCAUCGUCGAUGCCCUCGGCCAUCCGGUAGCGCCCGCCGUGUGCUGCGUCGAGUACGAGUUCGAGGCAGUCUUUGCCGCCCAGUCGAGCUCCUACAGCAUCAACCUGUGGCCGCUGCUGCACCGGGCCUGUACACCCAGCGCGAGCUGUUCGCCCACCUGGUGGUCCUGCUCAGCCACGAGGUGGCGCACCUGUACGUUCCCCAGGCUGGACACGGCGCGCAGCACGGCCGCAUGA